UCAACUGAUGGACACACAGAAGCCAACUUGUUUUCUCUUCCACAGCUCCAUAUCCUGUCGUGCCGACAAAAUAAUUCAUUUAAAAAAUUUCUACGGGCUUUUUUUUUCCACCUCUGUGGUGAAACAUAGUUUUAGCUUUUUUUAUUGGAUCAUCUCUUUUUUUUUUUUUUUAGUUUGGAUUUUAGUUCUUCCUUCUAUCUCGAUUGUUUGCUCCCCAGAGUGUAGACAAAUCUUUCCUGCUCCCUAUCUCCUUUUUCCUUUUCCCCUAUCUUUCUCUGUUCCCUGUCACUGUCUGCAUUUUCUUUUGGGGGGGCUAUGCUCUCUUCACCCACUGUGAUCCUUCAGCCUUAUGGACUCCCCGUCUACCCACAGACAACCGCAUGCUACCCCAGCAUAGUUCAGGGGGCCCCCGCUCAGGAGGCGGGUCCUGGCAGUGGGGACCCUGCCCUGCCUCCAGUGUACGCCCCGCCCCCCUCCUACCCUCCUCCGACUCAAGGCCCACCAGCAUCUGCGAGCAGACUGCCCACACUGGACUUUAGCUCCGCCCAUGCCAGUUCUGAGUACCCCGAGCACCCCCAGCUCAGAGUCUACCAGGGCCCCCAGCUCGAAGGGGCCGACUCGCUGGCAUCCACCAACACGGAGGAUGCUUUGGCCCCUGUGACCUCUGACCCCCAGUCUCUCAAUGUAUCAUCUGGGGGCGGGGCAGGAAGUGGGAGUGAAGAAGAGGGCUCGGGUAAGGCCCAACCGAAGCGCCUCCACGUCUCCAACAUCCCUUUUCGCUUCAGAGACCCAGAUCUUCGUCAGAUGUUCGGGCAAUUUGGAAAGAUUCUUGACGUGGAAAUCAUCUUCAAUGAGCGGGGGUCAAAGGGCUUUGGAUUUGUCACCUUUGAGAGUGCAGCUGAGGCUGACAGAGCACGAGAAAAGCUGAACGGGACAAUCGUAGAAGGCAGAAAGAUCGAGGUCAAUAACGCCACGGCCAGAGUAGUUACCAAAAAACCUCAGACACCUCUAGUGAAUGCGGACAUUGCAGCCUCUGGGUGGAAGAUCAACCCUAUGGUUGGAGCUAUGUAUGCACCCGAACUCUACACAGUUGCCAGCUUCCCCUACCCAGUAGCGACUCCCACCUUAGCCUAUCGGGGUUCGGCGCUAAGAGGUCGGGGUCGAGCCGUCUACAACACAAUUCGCUCUGCUGCAGCCACACCUGCUGCUGUGCCUGCCUACCCCAGUGUUGUAUAUCAAGAUGGACUGUAUGGACCAGAAGUCUAUGGGGGUUAUCCCACAGCGUACAGAGUGGCUCCAUCAGCAUCUGCUGCCACAGCAGCGUACAGUGACGGAUAUGGAAGAGUUUACACCACAACUGCAGAUCCCUAUCACCACUCUGUUGGACCAACGACCACCUAUGGAGUUGGCACAAUGGCCAGUUUGUACCGAGGAGGAUAUAACCGCUUCACCCCAUACUGAGCCUCCCAGGGGUAGGAAGAAGAUCUGUCAGGCUGAACUCUGGGACGAGAGGCUGACGUUGCAAACCCUGUGGGAGCCGUGCACCAUCCAUUCUGAGGCGUACUAAAGAGCCUUAAACGCCCACUUUGUGAGGUUUAGGAGUGGAAAAAAUGAUGGAAGAAAGCUGUGAGGUUUAUAGGGUCAAACAGUACAGAGAUAAUUGAGUUUCAUUUUGUGAUGGUGUAUUAUUUACAGAAUGAGUGUGUGUGCAUUUGUGUGAGGUUACAGGAUGUGCAGCCACCCAUGACAUGACUUUCACCAUCACAACUUCACAACAGCUCCUUCCUUUUUUUUUUACUUUCUUUUUAUCUACCUCUUCUUUUAUUUUGUCAUAACGUCAGGCUUUUUGUGUAUCUUUUUUUCUCCUUGCAUGCAGACUUGCUUUUAGUUUCAGUAUCUGUGGUUGAAAUGGCACACUGGGAAAGUUUUUCUCAUCUGUGGCAUCAGCUGUUCCUCUUCAUCGCUGCUUCACUCUGACCUGUUGGGUGACUCCUCAGUUCUUUUUUCCUUCUUUUCUGCUGUGUUUGAUGUUUACUUUGAAAUAAAAUGUUCUCUACUCUUUUCUUCUCAUCUUUUAACUUCACCACUUCUGUUUCUGCACAAACAGUAUUUACAGGCAUGAGAGGUGACUGUAAAGUUUAAUUUAAUCCAAUAUAUUUAACCAGAUUUUGAAAAAUCUAACCUAAUUUUGGAUCACAAAAGGAGUAUUUAAAAAUUAUGUUUGUUACAUUUUAUUUCCUCUUCUAUGACAUAUGAGAUCCUAUGUUUAGAUCGAUCCAAGCAUUUAACAGUGUGUGGUUUUACGGGUAUAAUCAGACUAAAAAUUUGUUCCGAAUGAUCCGGGGAAACGAGUUCUGGCUCACUUUAAGUCUAGUCUAAAGACAGAGAAAGGAAGAAAAAAAGUUCAAAACACAUGUAAACAUUUUUUUAUUUGGUCACAGUCUUAGGUUUAAAAUGUAUUUUUAUUAUUUAGAUUAUUUUUUUCAAAUGUUCAAUACUUAUUUAAAAUUUAGAAUAUUAUUUUUUCAAAUUUAUAAUUUUAUUUUUCACAUUAUCAAUAAUUCAUUCAAGUUUACAUUGUGUAUUUUCAAGUUUAAAGUUGUUUUCAAUUUCUUUUUUUCAAAUUCAAAAUAUGUUUUUUCAUUCACUUUAAGCUGAUUGAAAUUUGAUACGAUUUGCCGACAAUCCAUAAAUUGUAAACUGUCAUCAGCGCACCUUCUUAGCUGUCUUCUUGUCAGUAACCGCCCUGCGGCAUUCCUCCACUGGACAAAAAAAGCACGUAAAAAGUGUUGGGCCUGACGUUGAUACAGACGUUUAAAAUUGGUCAGCAAAAUAUAAAGUUUGAAGAGCUAAAAGUUAAGGACUUUCAUAGUUGCUUUGCCCCGCCCUGACGACAGUCUGAAUACACCCUAACAUUUAGAUUGUGCUUCAUUUUUAAACUAAACUUAUUUUUCUGUGUUCACAAACUUUGUGAUUUUCUUUUACCCCUUUGUGUUGCCUUUCCUUUUCACCUUUUUCUUUUGUUCUUAGCUUUUCGAGCAUUCCACCCUGCUUUGAUACUUAAUCUUUAUCUUUUCUUCUAUUUAGUGAUGAAUACUAAUUUCUUAUCUGUAGGUGAUUUAAAUAGUUUGUUCUUUUUUAUUUCACUUCAUUGAGCUGGGCUUUAGUGUUUCGAUUCUUCUCUGUUGCCAUUAUAUUUUGAUAUUAGGUUGAGAAAAUGACAAUUUCUUAGAAAAAUGUUUUAAAAAAACAGUAAAAACACCAAAAACAAUUUUUCCACAUGGAUUAUGUCAAGUUGUCUUUGGCACUGCAAACCAGGACAGCCAGGAAACUGGCUUCUAUUAAAGACUCAUUUCAAAUGA